AUGAACACAUUACAAGAGGUUCUUCUGGUCUUAGUGAUAGUUUCGUCCAUCGUUCUAAAUUUUUCCGUGGUGUUUGUCAUAUGCAGGAACAAACAUUUAAGGAUGAGAACUACAAAUAUAUUCAUUCUUAACCUGGUACUUUCUAAUGCCUUAAUGGCAAUAUUUGUCAUGCCGCUCAGCUUGGCAGCGUUUAUUCGGUUGGGGUGGAACGUCGAUUCUGUACUCUGUAAGGUAAGUAAAUAACAUUACGAUAAAUCCCUGAAUUUCUAAAAUAACUAUCUGGUCAUUUCCUAUACCAAAAGGAAAUCUUAAAUAGAAUUUAAAUAACUCGAAAUACAGGUGGGAAAUUAAAUUUUAUAUCACUCGCAAUUCUUAGCAGUCGCAUGAAUUCCGGUUUACUAGUUGCGGCUCUGAUGUGCUUGUCGACUUUUGUUAUCAUCGAAAAUGACCUGGGAAAAGAAUUUUGUUGAUGAAAAGAAUACUGUACGUGAUUUAAAGCGGACAAUGCCCUGAUGGUUCUAGUGCCAGCCGAGAGCUACACAAAUCGAGCGAGAGUAUUUUCAUUUCGCCAUAGUAACUGAGUCAAUGCCUGGCGAGACUUUUACUUUAUGACUUACAACAUUGUAGAAGGCUUUCUUUAAAUAUUAAGUUCCGUUCUGAAUUUUCGCUAGCCGGCAAGACUGUACUUAGACAUCAAUUCCUUUUACGUGUCAAAAUUUGCUCAAAACUGUAAUUGACCUUGUUUUUGAUAACUCCUACUCUUGAAAACACAGUAAAAUUGAUCGUAUGUUGGAACAAUUAACAUGUGGGUCUCUUGGAAAAAGCACUUUACACCAUUGUUUAAGGUUCAAAAACUCGUCGUGAACAUUUAUUUGUUUUACUAUGGAAAAAUAAUUUUGAUAACUCGCAAAUAAGCGCAAUCGUUUUUGACGAACCAUAUCAUAUUCUAAUUAUAUCAACAGCAAAAAUAGUCGACAUCAUUUUCACCUUUUUCAAGCAAUUGUACUAAUAUAAGCGCCGAACUGACAUCGGCAUCGUUUUAAAUAUGAUAUAGAAGUGGGCAAUUUUAUUUCAUGUUCGUGAAUUUAAUUUAAAUUUGUUUCUUCGAAUAAGACAAUUUUAACAAAUUGCCUCAUAUUAAGUGCAUUAUACAAAGAAAAAAAUUAAAAACACAAAGGAAUACAAGAGAAAAUGAAAAAUGGUUGGUUAAUAAUAGGCCCAUUCAUAGGCCGAAAAAUAAGACACGUAUUCUGAGGUGGGUUUUAAAUGAGGCACCCACGCAAACUGUACCAUUUUUCUUUCGAGUAUAUAAGCUGCGUCUUAGCUACGUCGACAAGACUAAUUUUUUUUGUGCCAUUUAAAGGAGAAGUUCACGUCUUACUUACAACGAAGCGUCCUUUUUUCCUCGUAUCAAUGGCCCUAAUAAUAUCUUUUUGUAGUGGGGGGUAGAUCGUGCAACUAUAGUGAAAUUAUCACUAUUCACCAAGACGGCAAAAACUAUCAAAGUAUAUUCUUUUAUAAAAAAAAUAUUCCGAGUGAAAACCGCAGAUAUUCAGAUUUCUUCGUCUAGAUAACGUUAGGGUCAGGAUCUGCAAAAAUAUUCAUAAUUACAAAUUUUGUAACAAACGAAUUUUAUUUUAAGCAUCGGCGGCGAUGUUUUGAUGCAUGUGUUCAACAGAUAACGUGUCAAAUGUUUCGCCAUCUAUUGCCAAAGGAAACGGGAGUGAAGUAGUUUUGUGAAAGAUAAUUCCAAAUCGUAAUGACGUUUGCUGCAGGGUUAAUAGGACAUCAAUGGUUAAAAUAUUUUAAUUGAAUAAUAUGGAUGGAAAUAUUGUAGGUUAAGAUAACAUGCGAUCGAUUGCAAAUGAUAUGAUACAAGUCACGUUUUCUGAAACGUUGCAAAUCUAAUUUCACUUACGUCCCUUGCAGAGAGGAAUAAAUUAAGACUCUGCCGAGUUUGGGAGAAAUAUAACCAGUGUUUGCUUGAAAAUAAAAUUAGGCUUGUUUAGUAAAGAAUCCCUCGGAUUUACUUAACCGUUCACUACAAAGCAUAAAGUUCUGAAAGUUAACUUGCCAAGGUGACGACGAUGGUUUUGGAAGCCAUCUUGACGAGUACGCAACCUCUUGAGAAAUUAAAGUAAUUGCAUGAGAAUCAUAUAAUGUCGAAUAAUUUCCGUAAAAACGGCUGUUCUGAAAAAAUAUGAAUUGUAAACUAAAGCUGCAAAGCAAAGGAUUUUACAAACAAAUUUUGGGAGCCGUAACUGUGCUUAAAUUUCUCCAGACGCUUGCUUUAGAUUUUCCAUAUAUUUUUCUGCAAUUUUUCCCGAGAAAUGUUAGUCGGCAUUGGGAAGAAAAAAUUUUACAGACAAAUGUAUAGAAAAUUUUAAAAAGUGGCACGUGAUUCAAGUGCAUGUAGCUGAAUACAACGCCCUCAAUUUUUUUCAGUAGAACUGUUAGGAGUGAAGCCUUAGUUUAUAAUUCAUAUUUUUUUCACAACAGCCGAACGAAAUUAUUCGACAUUAGAUUCCCAUACAAACACAAUAAUUUCUCACGUGGUUGCCUACUCGCCAUGAUGUCCAUGGUGGCUUUCAAAACUGUGAUAAGGUCUAACAAGGCAGUUCUAGUUUCUAGUUUUUUAGCCUCGACUCAGGCAACGACAAAAACCUAUGCAAGGAGGAGGGGUACUGGGAGCAACUUUCAAUGCCUCUAAACGUCGACGGUCACGUCGCUUAACCACAAUGAAUCUUUAAUCUAUGAACCCUAAACAAACACCUACCUGUAAUUCAGCAAUGAUAAAAAAGGCCAUUUGCCUGAUGGUGUCAAAUUACUACUAUGAACAGAAUCAUUUUCGUUGUACCUUUUAUAUUGCAAUUCGGUAGUCCCAGCAAAGUUUAAAUAUCAAAAGUUGUAAUUGCAGCAGAAUACAAAAUCCUGAAAGAUUCUGGUCGUAGUAGUAAAAUGAAGUAAUUGUGCAAGAAGCCUAUUGUAGUUUUUGGCAGGAAAAACCGUGAAAACUAAAUGAACCAUGAAAACCAGACGACAUGUCGCGACGCUACCAGCGGUUUCCCCGCGAGAAAACGUCUGAGAAACGAGCGCAAAGAUUCUAUACUGAUGACUCGUCACCACACAGAUCUGGUUAGUGCUUCUGAUUGGACGUGCCGCUUGUGAAAUUUGCUUCAACCAAUCAGAAGAUCUGGGUAGUGACCCGUCAUCUGUAUGGAAUUUUUGCUCUCGUUUCUCACGCGUCAUUUCGCGGGGAAACCGCUGGUGGCGUCGCAAGUGUCGUCUGUUUUCUCAGGCUACAGAUGAGUCUGAUUUGUGCUACUUUAUCUUUCAGUUCAACGGUAUGUCCGGCACAACACUCUGCCUGGCUUCCAUUUCAACUCUGUGUUGCAUAAGCGCGGACCGUUACUUCGCUGUGGUGCGCCCAAUGCGUUAUAAACACGUGCUGACACCCAAGAGAGCCCUGUGCAUGUUAGCCCUGGUGUGGCUGGUUUCCCUGUGUUUCUCUUGUCUACCACUUAUAACAGACUAUGAAUAUCACGUUGGAACAAACAACUGCUCCCCUGCCUGGCGCCGCAGCUGUGCUUUAUACGCUUUUAUGACUGUCUUUGCGUUUGGAAUGCCUUUAGUCAUACUACUCUCUACAUAUGGAAUGAUUUUCUCAUCCAUACGUCGACACACCAAGAAAGUGUCCCACUGGAGAAUUUCCUCCAGCGGACAUCAUGGGACCCGGAACAGGGAGGUGAGGGGAUCCGAUCCCACGUACGACUCGUUUAUCUCAAACUUAGCUUUAGACAAAGAAAAUCAAAACCGCGUUGGAGUGAAAGUCGAUACACAGUUGUCACCUGACAACACUCCGAAUAACUCAAUGCAAGAUGUAAGAGGAUUUGAGAGAGAUGAUGAGUUUAGAAACCGAAGAAAUAAUGAUAGAAAAUACCGCUCGCAUUCUGCUGGAUGUCCUCAUAUAAAACCGGACGAAAACUUUCUGCCAUUUGUCAUCCAGAUGAAGGCAGCAGCAAAAACAAAAGAUGACGAAGCGAACUCAGAGCCGCGGCCGCGAUCGUGUUCGGUUAAUCUGGAGUUUUCUGUCAGCGGAAUCGUCCCGGGAACUGUGUCGGCGAUGUUUAACGGUAGCAACGUGACUGAUCAUUCUGUUCCGUCGACAGCUAAGGCGUUAAGUCUAAGCUACACUAAUGUUAAGUCAACAGAAUCGAACGAUUUGACGCUAACAGAGUGGCAGGAAAUUUCUACCCAGCAGAUAUUGCGGGGGGAGUCACCGAGCGCGGACUUGAAUGGUGAGAGAGUGCGCACGCACUCCAUAAACGUAACAGUAACAACCGCCUCUACGCCAGUGAAUGAAUUAGAAAAUAACGUUCCAGGGACGCUGUCAUUGAAUGGGUUUAUGUCACCAACGAAUGAAGACUCUACUGAUCUAUUCCAGCGUAUGCGAAAAGCUACUCUGAGCCCUCCACCGCCGACAAACUUUCACCCUCUGUCCUUUUCUAACCAUCUAGAGCCUCCAACUAUUGCCCUACCUACUCAUGCGCAGUUCGUGAGAGCGAAUUCACCAGCGCCUUCUUCGCAGAAAAACUAUCGUUCCCGAUCUCGUUCUCUGAGCUUUGAAAGGUCUUCAGAAAAAUACAAGAGGAGUAAAAACUCGUUCCAGGCAUCUGCCGUGCAAAAAAUUGGCUCACCGCUUUUACGACUUCGCGCCAUCACUCAGUUCAAAAGGCGCCUACGCGUGAGUGCGCUGCCUCGCGAGUACAAGAUUGCUAAAACUGGAUUCAUAUUAGUGCUGGUGUUCUUUUUUUCUUGGGGCCCUUAUAUGAUGGCGCAUAAUUGCAAGUCUUCUUCCGAGACCCCGUUAUGGGUGUACCGCGCCUCCAUGUGGCUGGUGUAUUUGUCAUGCGUGUUGAACCCCAUCGUGUAUGCUUUGUCAAGUAAGCACAUUAGAGUAGCUUUUACUGGUCAUAUGAAAUUCUGUAAGAAGCUUGAUUUCCGUAAAUCAGAAUCGCAGGCUACUUAUCCAAAUAAUCAGAUUUAUUCGGCGGCAUUAGGUUAA